UAUAUGCCACGCCUCACAGUGAAUGUUUCCCUCCUUCACGUUACUGGCCGAGAUCUCUCUCGACUAGCCGACCGUGUCUUGUCCGCAAAUGAUAUGUACGAGAAAAGCGAAACAGUUCGCCAAGCCGACACCGCCCGCCGCAUUACCAACUGUGGCGUACAGUGGCAAUCCCCUAUUUUUCGAUUCAAUCAACAUAGGGAGAGUAUCUUUACGCCGAUAUCCAGCUGACAAGUUUAUGGAUGUUGAACAUGCCAGAUAUUCAGAGUGCGGCUACCUGUAAGGCACAAUUAGACCUAAGCUACCAUUAGGAAGUUUGUGGGGGCGAUUCCAGCGUAUAGAGGGACAUGUUGGUUUGAUGUGUGGAACAAAAAGGGGUUGCUCCAAGUCCGUCCGCCCUUCCUCC